AUGGAAUCUCUCGCCAUCGACUCUCCCAAAGCCUCCGAGAGUUCUUCAUCUGUCGAGGAUCUCUUACAAAAUGUCUCCUCGGCCCUGGCUAAGCGCGCUGGUAAGGACGUUUUUGCCAUCGAAGGCCAUUUUGAAGACCAUGACAACACAACCUCACCCUCAAGCAAUCCCAAGCUCACUAUCAGAUGGGAUGAUAAGACGCAAGGAUAUGCCCGCACUCUGAGACUUCCCUUGAGUGAUGAUACUGCAGCCCAGGACUCGUUCACUCUUUUGCUGAACGCUUGUCAACCCGCCACCUUCGGCGUCGGCAGCAAGGAGGUCCUUGACGAGGAGUAUCGAAAAGCUGGCAAGAUGGACACUCAUGACUUCUGCACUGAUUUCAGUCCAUAUGAGCAUGGUAUUGUUGAUACAAUCAAUCAGGCCUUAGCUCAAGGUAGCCAUUCUGCCGGAGGGCUUGGUGUGAAGGCUGAGCUGUAUAAGCUGAACGUAUACUCUGCUCCUUCUGGGAAGUUCAAACCGCAUGUUGAUACUCCACGGUCGGAUCGUCAGAUGGGUUCUCUCGUGGUUUGUCUACCCGUCGCACACAAAGGGGGUCAGCUCGCAGUCCGACAUGGCGGUCGCGAAGUCGUCUUCGACUGGGCAUCUCGACGUCCAGACACUAUCCAAUGGGCCGCUUUCUUUUCUGAUUGCGAACAUGAAGUCCUACAAGUUACCGAGGGGCAUCGUGUAACAUUGACUUACAACCUCUUCUGGACAAACUAUGGGCCUAGUUUCAUGGCGAAUCAUCUUGAAGUCCUUGAUCAGGAAUCACUUCACUUCUAUACGGCUCUUGAGAAGUUACUCGAGAAGAUGAAAUCUUCUGGCAAAGAUACAACGGUUGGAUUUACUUGCACUCACUCAUACCCACAUACCUCCAAAUCCUCCAUCGAGGACUUACAUCACACGCUAAAAGGUAUCGACAUGGUAGUCUACCAAGCUCUCAAGCGCAUCCUCGGCGAUGCCAGUAUCGCCACUGUACUGGAUGAGUCAGAGUAUGUGGAAGAGCAACUAGAAAGAAAGCAGUGGGAAAAGGAGCACCAGGAAGAAAGGAAGCGUAACCCCCCAUCGCUUACACAUCCUUUCAGCAGCGAAAGCCGUUUUUACAACUUUGACGAUAGCGAUUUUGAAAACACAGUUUGUAUAGCCACAUCGCUUCGGCCUCCCAUCUCCCAUGGACCAUACGAUUACGAUGCUGGUCUACUGGACCCGAAAACUAUUGAGGUUUCGGAAGGGGGCUAUUGGAGUAGCUGCUAUACGUAUCCGUAUAGUCGGGAGAAGAUCAAUUGGCUCAAUCACCGUCCAGGCUCGCAGACUUCGAAAGAACUUGCUGUUGCUUUUGCCACGUGCGGUAAUGAACCUGGCACCGGAGCCUACUAUUCUUCUGCAGUCAUCAUUGCUGAGGUCAAUGGGAAUGUGAGCCAUGAGAGGGACAGUGCUAAGGGAGACACCAGGAGUGAAAGUGCGAGUCAAUGCGAGAGUGAUCAGGAUGAGUGA